AUGGCGGACUUAGUCAUUCCUUCCUUUGGGAGGCUAGUUGCAUCCAAAACUCUUGAUGGCCAUACUGGCUUCGUUUGGGAUGUGGCUCUUUCCGGCAAUGGUCAAAUCCUCGCCUCAAUUUCCAAUGACAUGAUGAUCCGUCUAUGGAACGCCAACACGGGUCUCCAGCGCGGCGCCGCAAGAAACAACGGCCAUUCCACGUGGGUGCGCUCUGUGAGAUUUUCCCCCGCAGGUCGAUUCUUAGCCACUGCUUCCGAUGAUAUGACCAUUCGUAUCAGCGACGUGAACACCGGGUUUACCUACCGCAUGCUGCAGGGUCACACUGGCAAAGUUCGAGCGGUGGAAUUUUCCCCCGAUGGAAAAACUCUCGCUUCAGCCUCAGAUGAUUUCACUGUGCGACUGUGGAAUGCAAGCUCAGGUUCGCUGGUCAAAACCCUCAAUGGGCACUCGGGCUGGGUGCGCGCUGUGGCCUUUUCGCCUGACGGCAAGACUGUCGCUUCAACCUCGGACGAUAAUACAAUUCGUCUCUGGGACACAACCACCGGCAAAGAAAUCCAUCGAUUAAAUGGCCAUGAAUCCUCAAUCAGGGCCGUCUGCUUCUCUCCUGAUGGGAAGCUGCUAGCGUCGGGUUCGCAGGACAAGGACCUGCGCAUCUGGGAUACGAAUUCUGGCGCCAUGCUCAACGUCCUCCGGGGACACUCUGGACCUCUGCGCGUGAUCGCAUUUUCUAGCGAUGGGAACCUGGUGGCAUCAGCGGCCGACGACCUGACAAUCCGCGUAUGGGCUGUACCAUUAGGGUUUGCCUGCGUCCGAAUAUUAACGGGCUAUUCCGGAUGGGUUCGAGCUAUUACUUUGUCGCGCGAUGAAAACGUAGUAGCUUACACGUCUGAUGACAUGACUAUCAAGAUUUGGAUUUCGGCGUGA